UUUGCAUAGGCGGAAACAACCUGGAUGUAAGGGAGAAGGAAAGGGAGGUGCAAGCAGUACUAUAUUUCUAAAUUUACUUAUUGCUUAACACACAAACACAGAACCAGACUGAGGACAAGACCUAAGACUUCUCUCUCACUGGACCAGAGGUUGCAGCAAUGGAACUGGUCUCAACAUCAGUUGGCAAGUUUACAGUUGAUCUUUUCAACAAGCUGAAUGAGACCAACAAGGGCAAAAACAUUUUCUUUUCCCCUUGGAGCAUAUCGUCUGCUCUGGCUCUGACAUAUCUGGGAGCAAAAGGCAAUACAGCAAUGGAGAUGGCAGAGGUUCUCCAUUUCAUUCAAGAAGCAGGAGAUGAAGGCUCUUCUGUGGCCAGACCUUCUCGGGGGAGACCAAAGAGAAGAAAAGUGGAUCCUGAGCUCAAGCAAGCUGACGAUAUCCAUUCCGGCUUCAAAGAGCUCCUGACUGCCAUCAACAAACCCAGAAACACCUACUCGCUGAGAACUGCCAACCGCAUUUAUGUGGAAAAAAACUUCCCUUUAGUGCCUAGAUACAUACAGCUCAGUAAGAACUACUACAAAGCAGAGCCACAGAAGAUUAACUUUAGUACAGCACCGGAGCAAUCCAGAAAAGAAAUCAAUGGUUGGGUUGAAAAACAAACUGAAGGCAAAAUCAAGAAUUUGCUGAGUUCACGAGAUGUGACAACCACCACGAGGCUGAUACUCGUAAAUGCCAUUUACUUCAAGGCAGAAUGGGAAGUGAAAUUUCAGGCAGGAAGAACAGAUCUGCAACCCUUCCGACUGAGCAAGAACAAGACCAAACCUGUGAAGAUGAUGUACAUGAGACAUACAUUUCCAGUUCUCAUCAUGGAAACAAUGAGUUUCAAAAUGAUUGAGUUGCCAUAUGUGAAACAUGAACUCAGUAUGUUUAUCCUCCUUCCUGAUGACAUCAAAGACAGCACCACGGGUCUCGAACAGCUGGAAAGGGAACUGACGUAUGAGAAGCUGUCUGAAUGGAGUGAUUCCAAGAAGAUGACCAAAACUCUUGUAGAUCUGUACCUACCCAAGUUCACAAUGGAGGAGAGAUAUGAUCUCAGUGACAAUCUGAGCAGCAUGGGAAUGCACAGUGCCUUCAGCAGCAGUGCUGAUUUCAGUGGAAUGGCUGGGAAGGGGGAUGUAAUGAUCUCCAAAGUUUUUCACAAGUCUUUUGUUGCAGUUGAUGAGAAAGGCACUGAGGCAGCUGCUGCUACUGCUGUAAUUGUAGACCUAUCAAGUUCAGUUGUCAGCCAUGUUCUGAAAUUUAAGGUUGACCACCCUUUCCACUUCUUCAUCAGACACAACAAAUCUAAGAGCAUCCUCUUUUUUGGCAGAUUCUGCUCUCCCCUAGAAUGAGUUAUUACUUGCUUUCAGACACUUCCAGACAGCAAAAAUGCUAAGAAAAUUAUGAGCAAUGUGCUUCUUGCUGCCUUUCAUUAACAUGCAAUCUAAACCCUUCAGAAUUCAAAUCUGCUUACUCUUUUUAACUUUACCUAAUUAUAUCUUCCUGCUCAACAGCUGCACAGUUUUGUUGCUACCUGUAUCACUGAUCAAUGUAUGAUUUGUGUAAUGAUUUAUGAUGAAUUAUGUAAUGUAUGAGUGUAUCUCAGCAAAGAUAAUCAUGGUAUACCAGUGAGAUUUUGACUGAUGCUUUACUUAAUAAUUUUCCCAUGAUCUGCAUUUAAUCCAAUAAAUGAACUUGGUGUUGUGUUUGUGCUGUUCAGGACAGUGACUUGCCUCGUUCUCUUAGAGCACCAUGUAAGGCUCAUGGCAGGAGCACAUUUCCAUUCUUGCCUUUCCAAAUCAACCACCACAU